GAGCUCAUUAUACUCUGUGGCUUCCUUACUCCUCCGUAAGGAAAAAAGUUCCCAUCUUUACCUCCUCCAUUGCUGCACCUUCGAUUGCUUCCUCUUCAUUAUGCUCCCCCACGCUCCACUCAUUAUCCCAAUCCAGUUCUUGUAGUCUUUCCUCCCAGCAAAUUGAUUUUCCCUCCACUCCACCCAACUCUAUUUCUUCUCACAGAGGGGUCUCUGGGUUCCAUUUCUUCCCCAGAUCUACGAGCGGGAGCAACAAAAAAAAUGGUGGCGGAGACUUGGAUACUGAAGAUGGGGAACCAGGUGAGCAGCAAUUUGAAGCACGCAUUCCUUCUCGAACCCAGCAGCAGGAAGAAACCCACCAAGAGGGCGGCGGCAGUUGCGGGACCCACGAAGGAAACCAUUGGAAUCCUCUCCUUCGAGGUCGCCAAUGUCAUCUCCAAAACCGUCCACCUCCACAGGUCCCUCACCGACCCCGAGAUCUCCAAGCUCAAAUCCGAGAUCUUGGGCUCCCAGGGGGUCAGGAACCUGGUCUUCCACGACGAUUCCCGCCUCCUCGAGCUCGCUCUGGCGGAGAAGCUCGACGACCUCAACAGGGUCGCCGCCAUCGUCUCCCGCCUCGGCAAGAAGUGCGUCGAGCCGGCUUUGCAAGGGUUUGAGCACGUCUAUGGGGAUUUAAUCAGCGGAGCGAUUGAUGUCAAGGAAUUGGGGUUUUUGGUCAAGGACAUGGAUGCCAUGGUUAGGAAGCUGGAGAGGUAUGUCCACGCCACUGCUAAUUUGUACAAUGAAAUGGAGGUUCUGACCGAAUUAGAACAAGCUACUAAGAAAUUUCAGACGAACCAGCACGAGGAGAGCAGGAAGGCAUUUGAGCAGAAAGUGAUUUGGCAAAAGCAGGAUGUUGUGCAUCUCAAGGACGUUUCAAUUUGGAACCAGAGCUAUGAUAAAAUUGUGGAAUUGCUUGUUAGAACUGUGUGUACUAUUUAUGCUAGGAUUUGUGCUGUGUUUGGUGAAUCCGUGUUGCACAAGGAGGAUAGCAGUUGCUCUAUCUCUUCACUCUCUCCUUCUAAUACUAAGGAUGAGUGCUGGGAAGUUUCAGGGCAAUUAAAGAGGCCCUUUGUGCAGCAGAAGAAGGAGGUGAACAGCAAGGUUAAGCCUCCCCGGGUUGAUUCCAGGAAGCAUGGAGUUUCUUCUGUGCUUGAAGUUGGUGAUGUCAUGUUUCCUUGUGGGACGAGCCCUGGAAGGAUGUUCAUGGAGUGCCUUAGCUUGUCUAGCUCGGUAUCAAAGGUGGAUUACGAUGAUGAUGAUGACGACGACGAUGAUCGAAGCAGCCAAAUCUCGAGCUGCAAAAGCAUGAUGAAUUCUAAUUUGAAACGAGCUCUUAGCCAUUUGAGUUGUGGUGAUGAAAGACAAGCGGAAACCAGCCCAUUUGGUGGGCCGAGGAGCAGAUCGACCAUCUAUGCCCCUCAAAGCACACUUGGAGGGUCUGCUUUGGCAUUGCAUUAUGCCAACGUCAUAAUCGUGAUAGAGAAGCUGCUUCGGUACCCUCAUUUGGUUGGCGAAGAAGCGAGGGAUGAUCUGUACCAGAUGCUGCCCACAAGCUUGAGACUUUCCCUGAGGAAGAAGUUGAAGUCGUAUGUGAAGAACUUGGCGAUCUACGACGCCCCACUGGCCCACGAUUGGAAGGAGAGCAUUGAUGGGAUGCUGAAGUGGCUUGCUCCACUGGCACACAACAUGAUGAGGUGGCAGAGCGAGAGGAACUUCGAGCAGCAACAGAUUGUGGCGAAGAGCAACGUGCUGCUGCUGCAGACGUUGUAUUUUGCUGAUAGAGCAAAGACGGAGGCAGCCAUAUGCGAACUCCUUGUUGGGUUGAAUUAUAUAUGUCGGUACGAGCAUCAGCAGAAUGCGUUGUUGGAUUGUGCUAGUAGCUUCGACUUUGAAGACUGUAUGGAGUGGCAGAUGCAAUGUCGAGCUGCUUAUUUCAACUGAUCAUUUGAAAGAUAGACAAGGGAAAGAAACAAAUCAGGAUGAAGAUCUUGAGGUUUGUUAUACUGAUUCACGUUGGUUAAUUUGAUUCUGGAGAAAAGAUCCCAGUUGAUUAAUAUUUGUUGCUUAGUCCAGAAGGUAUGUGUUCUGGGUUUGGUAAGGGAAGUAAGUACAUAGGAAGAAAAGAACUGUCAUCAUUUAUCAAAGGGGAUCUCUUCUCUAAUUGUUGUAUAUUCUUGUUGGUUAGAACAUAUUGUCUGUUGCACAGCACUGCAAUGUGGCAGCUUAGUGCUUUCUGUAGAAUUUUGGAAGGAAGGAAUUAGUGCAUUGACAUAUUAUAUUGUACAAAAGGAAUCUUGGUGCCUGUCCAUUCUCUGUUGAACUUGCAUGUGCCUGUACUCAGUUUGCCUUCUGAAUGCCAUCAGUGAAUCAAACAAUCCUCUUACAGUAGGUAAUCAAACAUUACACUUGAU